GACUUGUAGUUCAAGUCAUGGCAUGUGUCUGCGCAUUCAGCAGAAGCUGUAGAGAUCCCUCCUGUAAUUCAUAUCGACUACCGUCCCAGCAUGCGCAGCUGAUGGACACAUAUGGCGGAGAGCUAUGACUGAGGAUUUUGAUGAAGAAGUUGUUUUCGAGAACUCUCCGCUGUUCCAGUACUUGCAGGAUCUAGGACACACAGAUUUUGAGGCAUGUUCUCCCACUUCUCAGGAGGAGGAGCCAAGCGUUGGUGGAGAGGAGGCGCAGUAUCCUCAGGAUAUCCUCCCUUCUCACAGAGUGAGUGUCAGCACUUACCUUUCCAAUACGCUAACCAUACCUACAGCAACUCCAGUCUCUAAAGACGCUUGCCUGUAUAGUGUUUACCUGAUGGUUCUCGGACGUCUGCACAGUUGGAUCACAUUUCACUUGUCAAGUUUACUCGACAGGGUGAGUGCCGCCUGUCCCUUUAACAGGGUGGGGCAGCUUCGCAGCCAGCAGCUGAUUGGUCUGCGGAAGGCGGCCUAUCAGAGUCUUCGCUGUGCGUUCCGAGCCUCUCGCCUCGCCACAUGCGUCAUGCUCAAGUCAUUUCCGCUGAACUCGGAGAUUGACAAUGUCACCAACUACGUGUCCACCGUGCCAAUCAGAGAGCUUGGUCUCGGUCUGGGGGUGGAGCAUCUUUCUGACGAGCAGGCGCAAGAACUGACCAAUGAUUACAGUCUGCCUGCACUCAAGAUGUUGUUCCAGUUGUGGGUCGGGCAGAGCUCCGAGUUUUUCCGGCGAUUAGCUCUGCUGUUGUCUCCAGGGAGGGAGGAGCUAGACUCCAGGCCCAGCCCCCUCACGUACAGCAGCGUCCCGUUGAUUACUGACUCUCUCCAUCGCACCCUGGCCGCUUGCCUUGGUGACCUUCAGCGCAGCUAUGAUUUCCAUCGCUACUUUGAGACGCAGCACCAGUCGCUGCCCACAGAAAGAAAUGGGCGCGCUCAACAGAAGUGUAGAGAGCUCAAUUCUCUGCACACGUCUGUCCGCAGUUUACAACUUCACCUGAAAACACUCUUAAACGAGGUCAUAAUUCUUGAGGAUGAUCUGGAAAAGUUAAUGGUUGCUAAGGAGACGGAGGAGGUGACGUGUGCGGGGUAUCAGGAGCUGAAGGAGCGCCUGGAGCUGCUGCAGCCACACAUGCAGGCCAGCACCUGCUGCUGGGACGACACACUCGCACAGGUCGACCGCAUGCUACGCCGAGUCUCCAGCUGCCCAGAGAGUUCAGAUCAGCCAGAGGAAACAGCUGCCCCAGAUCCCCCUCCUCCUGCCCCCAUUACAAGCAUACAGGACAGAGACCCCGUCCCAGAGGAACAGGAACUGGAAGCAUAUGUCUCUGACUCUGACUCUGAGACGGAGUGGAGAGGGGCCACGGACAUGCUGUCACCAUGGGAACAGGAGCGCCAGCGUCGUGAACGUGUGGAGUCGAGACAUGUUUUACUCGAGCUGAAAUCUGUCCUGGGAAUCCGAACGUCAGAUGGAGAGAGAGACAAGCGCAAGCUUCUGCUGUUCAGUGAUCAGGCUGCCCUGGCUCCAUUUGCUAAGGACACAUCAAAAACGGACACAAACUCUUUAGAACCGCAUAUUUCGGCAGAGUCCAUGACUACCACGGACAACCAUGUCUCCCAACAAGGAGAGGAGAAUGAAAGUGAACAGCAGACUGAAAUUCUGAGUGGGGCGGAAAGAGAGAAAGAUUCUGUUACUGAAUUUUGCAGUGGAGAUUCUGAUGUACCUGGGGCAGCUAAAGAUACCAGUGAGGAGACUGUGGAGGAAACACAGCUCUUCCAAUCAGACGGGCUUAUAGAUGACGGGCAUGCUGGGACACACCCACUCACGCCCAGAGUGCCCACCCUCUCUGUGAUUGACAGAUUGACAGAACUGCAUGGCUCAGAAGCGAUCAGUUUCAGCUCCGCCCUGGCCGCCCAGGUAGCAGCGCGCUCGCAUACGUUCACACACAUACAGGAAUGCACCUAUGGGGACUCGGAGGAGGAAGAGGAAGUGACAUCACCGCAGACGAGAGAAACUGAGGAGGACUGAAACGGCAAGAUAUUUAUUCUCAUCCUUUUGGUUGUAUUUAUUGAGCUUGAUUUCAGGUCACAGACAUCAUUGGAUGUAGCUGGUGUGGGAAUCUGUUUUUGGUGCGUCUCUUUUAAAGUGCAUAUAUUUGUGUGUGUGUGUGUGUGUGUUUGGGGAAUUUAUGUUUCAUGUGACAUCCCACGUCCACUCUCCUCAUGACAGGCCUCAGGUACAGACUGGCACAUGCUAGUACACAAAAUAACAGACCAAAACCUAAACAUUCACACACACUAACACAAACUCAAACUGCAAAACUACAUGCCCUUGGCCAUGUCCCAGUUUUAUUUACUGUAACAGAGGUCCUACACAGAACCAAAACAAGCUCUUAAAUGCCUAUAAAGGGUAUGUCUCACAAAGCCCAA